AUGCUGCUGAAAUAAUACAGACACGUGCCAAAGAGACAUCUGGAAAUGAAUAUUAUGUCCAUUAUGAAGGCUUUAACCGCAGACUUGAUGAGUGGGUUGAUUUGGACAGAUUUGAUUUGACCAAUAAAAUUGAAGACCAGCAGAGUAAGAUAAAGGAUGUUACUGUAAUGAUGACAGAUCUCAGUGAUGGCACUGAUAGAAAACUUACACGUAAUCAGAAACGUAAACAUGAUGAAAUUAAUCAUGUACAGAAGACAUAUGCUGAGAUGGAUCCUACUACAGCAGCAUUAGAAAAGGAACAUGAGGCAAUAACAAAAGUAAAGUACAUAGAUAAGAUUCAGAUAGGGAAGUACGAGAUAGACACAUGGUAUUUCUCACCUUAUCCUGAGGAAUAUGGCAAACAACCAAAACUCUUUAUCUGUGAAUAUUGUCUUAAAUAUAUGAAGCUAGAGAAAACAUUCAGAUAUCAUCAGAGUCAGUGUGUAUAUAGAUUUCCCCCAGGCAAGGAGAUUUACAGGAAGGGAACUUUGUCUCUGUUUGAAGUUGAUGGAAAAGAUAGUAAAAUUUAUUGCCAGAACCUAUGUUUACUAGCCAAGUUAUUCUUGGAUCACAAGACACUAUACUUUGAUGUGGAACCUUUCUUGUUUUAUAUCCUGACAGAGGUUGAUAGACAUGGUUGUCAUCUUGUUGGAUACUUCUCUAAGGAGAAAGAAUCUCCAGAUGGUAAUAAUGUAGCUUGUAUCCUAACACUACCACCAUUCCAGAGGAAAGGAUAUGGAAAAUUCCUCAUAGCUUUCAGUUAUGAGUUAUCAAAGUUGGAUUGUACAGUUGGGUCCCCAGAAAAGCCUUUAUCUGAUCUCGGUAAACUAAGCUACAGGAGUUACUGGUCCUGGGUGCUCCUUGAAAUACUACGAGACUUCAGAGGAACUCUCUCAAUUAAAGACUUAAGUGAAAUGACAAGCAUCACCCAAAAUGAUAUAAUCAGCACACUACAGUCUCUCAACAUGGUGAAGUACUGGAAGGGUCAGCAUGUAAUCUGUGUCACUCCAAAGCUUGUUGAGGAACAUUUAAAGAGCUCGCAAUACAAGCGUCCCAUACUAACUGUAGACACAGCAUGUGUCAGAUGGGAGCCACCACGUAAACAGCACAAAAUGAAGAAAACCUGAAAGUCUACAGAAGUUAACUGGCAAUAACUUACAGUUAUAAGAAUCUUUAUUCUAUCAGUAGAGAUGAGUAAAUAAGUGACAGUACUGAGAGAAGAUAAGAGCAAUUAGAAAAUGUGUCUUUAACAUCACUUAAUGACAGUCUUUAUCUUUUAUGCUGACUUGUGAAAUACUGGGUUAUAUCUUUAAAAUAAAAUCCAUAUCACUUGUACUAUAUCUCUUUCACUGUGACUGAUAACAGCUUUGCUGGAGUUUUUUGGUGUAUGUUUUUGGAAAUUUGUAAAUUUACAUAAAUAAAAUUGUUUUUGUUUAUUUCUUGAUUUAAAUAUCUGUAUUUUUUUCUUUAAAAAAAAUGCAUAAUUGUUAUGUUACAAUAAUGACUUUAAAAGUGAAUUAUUACUUUUGUUUGUGAAGUGUUCCUGUAGCUGUUAAAUGCUUGACAUUAUCUUCUUUAUAUGCAUCUGUUUCAUGGCUUUAUAUAAGAAAACAAUGUUAUAUUCUUUAAAUGCUUUUGAUUUAUCACUUAAAUGGUUCUUUAGAAUGUUGCCUUCUGUAAGUUGAUUGUAUGAAUGUUAAAAAUCACAAUAAAGUGUUCAGUCUAGACUGUGCCAUUGCCCUUUUUGCACUUCAAAUAUAUAAACAUUUGAAUAUCACAGAUUUUCUUUAGUUAUAUGUCUGAUUCCCAAAUUGUGGGCCUGAACAAAGCUGAAUUAAACAAUGAUGAAUGUUUUAACAUGUAUUGAAAUCAGUCGGCAAGCAGCAGUUGUUAGUUUAAAUUUGAGAUCUGACUAUAUUCAGUUAGAGAAUUCUUGCUGUUUAGAUUGUUAGAGUUUAACUGAAUUGUUGCAAAAUUCUACGUAUGAUCAGUUCAUUUGAUUGCACUAGCACAUUUCCAGCUUAUACUAAAAUGGGUAUUGAUUCUGUAUUGUGAAGAUUUGAUCUUUGACUUGGAAAUAGUAUAUAUGUUAAAAGGAUGCAAGACAAUAAGACUGAAAUUGUCCUUUAUUGUUUCAUCAUAUUGAUAAUGGUUUGUUGUUUUAGUUUAUAAUGAUAUUAUAAAGUACAUUUAGAUGUAUAGCUUACAUGAAUCAUACAUUGUAUACAUGUACCAGUUUGUGUUCAGCAUGGUUUCAUUAAAACUUCAUUUGUAAAUAUUA